ACUUUCAUCUCAACUCCAACUUGAUCAUCCUCUUCAAUCCUCCUCCAUCUCCCAGUCCACUCUCCCACGUCCUAAACAAAAUGUGCAACUCCAAGAUGAAAUCAGGCCACGCCAUUGGCCUCACAGACGUCGCCAAGAUCGACGGCAGGCCAGUCCUUCAGCCCGCCUGCAACCGCGUCACAACGUUGUGCCAGCCCAACAACAAGCCCAUCAAGAAAUCUCUUCAAAGAUCCUUAUCUUCUCCAAUGGCCAUUAGUAUUACUAAAACUACAAACGCUUUCGACGCUUCCGCGAAGAGUUCACCGAAGAAGAAGGUGGCGACUCCGCCAAUCUCUCCUAAGCCCAAGCCCAUCAAGAGAAACGAUCCUUACAGCCCAAACACAAGCAGCGAGAAGCCCAUUACACCGAGACUGACUGCAAAGCUUCCAGUUGUUAGAAAAAAGACUAAGACGCUUGAGACGUCGUUGAGCUUCAAAGGCGUUUCUAAUUCUUAUGAGUUGUUGAUGGCCGAUAGAGCUCCUGGGAGUAUUGCGGCUGCUCAAAGGGAGCAGGCUUCGCUUAUGCAAGCGCAGCGCAAGAUGAAGAUUGCUCACUAUGGAAGAACACCAGAAAAGCUCGAAAAGGUUGCUCCGGUGAUCGAUAACUCAAAUGUUAAUAGUCAAGAGGAGAAGAGGUGCAGCUUUAUUACAGCAAAUUCAGAUCCUUUGUAUAUUGCAUACCAUGAUGAGGAAUGGGGAGUUCCUGUUCAUGAUGACAAGAUGUUGUUUGAGUUACUAGUGCUCUCAGGGGCCCAGGUUGGCUUAGAUUGGACAACUAUACUAAAGAAAAGGAAUGAUUUCAGAUCAGCUUUUGCUGGAUUUGAUGCUGAAGUGGUCGCCAAGUUCACAGAGAGGCAAAUUACAUCAAUCAGCUCACAAUAUGGGCUGGAUUUGAGCAGGGUUCGAGGAGUAGUAGACAACUCCAACAGAAUCCGAGAGGUUAGGGAGCAAUUUGGGUCACUAAGCAAGUACUUGUGGGCAUUUGUUAACAACAAGCCCAUCACGACAAACUACAAAUCAUGCCGAAAAAUCCCGGUGAAGACCUCAAAGUCCGAGACCAUAAGCAAGGACAUGGUCCGGCGAGGAUUCCGGUUCGUGGGCCCCACCGUCAUCCACUCCUUCAUGCAGACCGCCGGCCUCACCAACGACCAUCUCAGCUCCUGCCCUCGCCACCUCCAUUGCUCCUCCCUCAACUAAUCCAGUCAAUAACCGCUCCCUAAUAUUUAACUUAAAAGGCUUUGCUUGGUUUUUAAGCUUUUAGUUAGUAGUUGAGUUUACUACUAAUACCCUUGGCUUGAUUGUAUAG